CUUUUUCGCCCAAUACACUUGCAUUGCUAUUAUCGUAUUUGUUAAACAUAUUUGGCCAACACCCUAUUAUUAAUAUAUUUACUUAUUUAUUCAAGAGAUACUAGCAACCAUGUUUGCUGUUAUGUUUUUAGCCAUUGCUCUCGAGCUCAUUGCAUCAAUGGGGUCGUUCGGCGCGCUGGUAGCACAAAACAUGUACACCAACAGUGCUGCUGGCUGGUAUGUGAGGCUGGACUGGACAGCCGUUUACUCUUACGCAGUCACAGUACUCAGCAUCAUCGCUAGCUUUAGCUUUACCGUCGGCGCAAUUGUUCGAAAUGCCUCUGGCAACAAGCGCACCUGUGCAGCCUGGUUCAACCAGUUUGCCAUCUUCCUUCUGAGCUUUGUAAUGUCAGUGCUGUGGGUCGUCAUUGCCGGCUUUGCUUACCGCAACCCUCUUCCCAUGCGGUAUCCCUGUAACAUAUUUCAGCAUUUGCGUGGAAGCCUUGAAAUGUUGGGGCUGGCAUCAGGAAAAUCUCUAGUUGAAGAAGGCGGGCUGCUUGUCGGCAUAUGCCAAUCAAGCAAGGCGUUCUUAGUACUGGCUGGAAUUGGACUUGGUCUAUGGAUACUGAUUCUUGUGCUUUCAUGUGUGGCGAUGGUCACUGGUCUGGAGCCGCCCAAGAAAAAAGCAUCUUCACAUGUAUAUAACUAUUCGUCGCACAAGCAUGGUCAUGCACACUCACAUGGUCCCGCAAACUCGUCUCAGAAUUCGGCUAGUCACCACCACCAUGCCGACUUGGCAGUCUGCAAUGAGGAGCAGUGCUUGCCAGCAAAUGCUCAAGCACAGCAACCAGCAUAUCCACCUGCUGCAGCGGCACCCCACAAUGGUCGACAGGACUUACCAGUGUCGCGCAACCCUCGUGGACAGCCAAGACCAAUUAACUGGCGAGCUACUAAUAUAUGCAAUGUCCCCAAUUGUCGGCUGCCCAACUGCAGACAGAAGUCACCGCCCCUCACGCGUGCACACACACAUCACAGACACAGACACAGUGACACCAGUAAUAUUGCCAAGACCCCUUCUCUUCCAUUAGUCUUGCCACCCAGACAAAUUGCAGAAGUUGAUAGAAGCAUCAUCUACACAGGAAAAAAGGUGGUUAUUGCCAACUCUGCAAGCGUAGAUGCAUUUGCGGCAGACGGAUAUAACCAGGAUAUUUUGCCACGGGGGAUACCAACAAACACCAACAUUGGCCAGACCAAGAGUCAGCGCUUGCACCAGCAUGGUAGCCAACAAAUUGACGACGAAGAUGAUAGUGUCAAUGGCGAAAAUGAGGCAGAAGUUCAAAACAACCAAUUCGUUCACAGCCACAGCCAUAGCCACACCGAUGCAUUGGGUCAUGGUGAAACAGGACGCGCAAGCUCGCACUAUGACGACGAUGACGGUGAGUACACUGGCGAAUAUGCAGACCAUCAUCAGAACAGGCAGCAUGUCCAUCAUCACCACCACCCUUCACAGCACAGUGAAGCCAGAUUUCGCCACACUCACAAAACUCACGCAGACAACGGCUGCGUCAGUUGUUUGUGCGUGAUAACGAGGCUCAGCAUUAGGCCCACAUGCCAUUUUUUAGUUACAGCUCAUUGACUGGGUUGUCAUA